AGAAAAAGAGAAGCAUCCACGUAGGUACGACCCAACUUCCAAAGCUGCCAUCUUUAACAAUUCAAUUUCAUAUACUCUCACCCAUCUCUAGACUCUCCCUCUCUCUCUAAAUCAAGAAAGAGGGAGAAGAAUGAAGAGCAACACGAACACAAAGCUCAUAUUCUUUCAUCCCUCAAUCCACACCAAGCAAAACAACAACAAUGGAGUUUCUCUCUCCUCCCACCGCCUCUGGUUCAUCUUCUUCCUCAGCUUCUUCACCUUAGCCUUCACUCUAACCCUCAUCAACUCCACCCUCCCAACCCACCACCUCCACUCCUCCGCCGCCGCCGCCGCCGCCUUUUCCUCCUCAGCCCCGCUUCCUCCCUCCGUCGCCGACGCUCUCCUCCACUAUGCCUCACUCGCCAACUCCUCCGCCGCCGGUGCCGCCUCCGGCGGCCACAUGUCCUCCGCCGAGGUCGAAUCCAUCGCCGCCGCGCUCCGCCACUGCUCGCCGGCGUGUAACUUCCUCAUCUUCGGCCUCACGCACGAGUCGCUCCUCUGGCAAGCGCUGAACCACAACGGUUGCUCCGUUUUCCUCGACGAGAGCGAGUUUCUCGUCUCCAGAUUCGAGCAGUCGCAUCCCGGAAUCGAGGCCUACGACGUACAGUACACCACGAAGGUGAAGGACUUCCCGGAGCUUCUGUCUGCGGCGAAAUCUCAGGUGAAGGACGAGUGCCGGCCGGUUCAGAACCUCCUGUUCUCCGAUUGCAAGCUAGGGAUUAACGAUUUGCCGAAUCACAUUUACCAGGUCCCUUGGGAUGUGAUUCUGGUCGACGGACCCAGGGGCUACUUCCCGGCGGCGCCGGGGAGGAUGUCGGCGAUCUUCACGGCGGGGGUGCUGUCGCGUAGCAAGAAAGGCGGCGGCGUCUCGAAGACUCACGUUUUCGUUCAUGAUUUUGGGAGAGAAGUUGAGAGGAUUUUCAGCGAUGAGUUUCUCUGCCCAGAGAAUUUGGUGGAAACUGUGGAUUCUUUGGGGCACUUUCUCUUGGAAACCAUGGAGAUUCAGAGAUUUCAGUUCUGUGCGAACUCGACGGCGUCGUUUUCUAAUUCUCCGUCGUCGUCGGGGAAUGAGGACGACGACGAUGUUGACGUCGUUUGAUAGUUGAAAGACGGCAAUUGUAAUUAUGUUUUUUGUAAUUUCACAUAGUUUCUUUUCUUCUUUUUUUCCCCUUAAUAUCGUAAAUUGGUGUAUAAGUUUGAACGAGACGUGGAAAGUGUUUUUUCCAAAUUACGACAUUUGGAGAACUUUUUUCAUUUAAACUCGAUUUGUCUGUUUGGUUAGCGAGAAAUGGUGGGAA